ACUCUAUUAAUUACCACGAAACUGAAAAAAUAUUCAUCAAUUCGAAUAUCUCCACUUCGCCUCGAUCUUAUAAACCUGAAUUUGAAUCAAUAAACUCUAUGCAAUUAAUCCACUUUUUGCAUCAAUCUCCCUCUUCUUUUUCAAAUCCCAAGCUCUUCGUUUCCAUCUUUCAAACCUCAAAAUUAAAUCUGAAUCAUUGAUGGCUCGUAAGCAGCCUUUGUUGCAUGAGCUACUGAAAGAAGAACAAGAACCAUUUCAUUUAAACACCUACAUUGCAGACAGAUGCUCUCAACUCAGAAAAUCCUCUUUACAGAUCAAGAAACGGAAGCCCAUAAUUCAUACUUCACCAACAGAUUUAAAGCACAGUAGCUUUUGCAAGAAUGCAUGCCUAUUUUCGUUCCAAAAGUCGCCGGACUUCAGAAAGUCACCUUUUCAGAGCCCAUGUAAAUCGCCAAAUCGUGCUGUUUUUCUUCAUAUUCCUGCUAGAACUGCUGCUCUGCUUGUUGAAGCGGCUGUGAGGAUUCAGACAAAGCAGUCAAAACGGAAAACCCAGGUAAAAAAUGUCGGGUUCGGGUUGUUUGGAACCGCUUUUAAGAUGCUGAAAGAUCGUACCAAGAACAAAAGUCGUAUGCUUGGUGUCUGUGAUAAUCAGGUUGAAAUUUCAAGAAAAAAUGAGACCAAAAUUGACGAAAAAAUAGAUAUGGAUAUUAGAUUUUCUUGUUCUUGUGAUAAUUGGUCAUCGAGUAAUGAGGAGAAGUCCAUGGAUUUGGAGACAUCUACUAGCAGCUGUUCAGAUUGUGUUGCUAAAGGGAGAGCAAAUAUUAAUGGCGAUUUUGCUUCUUGUGAAAACCGCUUUUGUUCAAGCCCUUUCAGAUUUUCUCUACAGAAAAGCCCAUCAUCCUCCGGUUGUCGGACGCCUGAUUUCUCUUCGUCGGAAGCUUCUCCGAGUCGCCGGAGUAAAGGGGAGAAAGCGAUUUGUGGAACAAAAUGUUCGGAAGAAAUACUAGAAGAAGAGGAAAAGGAAGAGGAAGAGGAAGAGGAAGAGAAAGAUCAUUUUAGUCCGGUAUCCGUAUUAGAUCCUCCCUUUGAAGAGGACGAGGGACAAGAAAAGGCAAAUGUAGACGAGGACGGUUAUGAUCUUGAAUGCAGCUAUGCAAAUGUACAAAGAGCAAAACAGCAGCUGUUACACAGGCUUCGCAGAUUCGAGGAACUUGCAGAAUUAGAUACAAUAGAACUCGAGAGAAAGUUGCUAGAAGAAUCAGACAGUGACGACCAAGUGGAAAGAGAGGAAUGCAAAGACGAUGAACCUUUUGCAAUUUACAAAGAGCAUAGUGUCGACACAUUUGCUUCUGAAGUUCUUGCCAUAUCGAGGUUUCAGAAAAUGCAGAAGAUUCCUACUGAAAUGAAGAGGCUAGUACUAAAUCUAAUUGUGGAGCAAAAGAGCGAAAGGAAUUGCUCGAACAAUAGUGAUCAAGUAGUAUUUGACACCGUAGAUAUGAUGAUUGAAUUGGCUUUCCGACGAGAAUCGAACAGAUGGACAAAAUUUCGGGAGCAGGAGGAAGAAACUGCAGCAGAAAUUGAAGUUGGCAUAUUUGGGAUAUUAGUGGAAGAGUUUUCAGAGGAGCUAUGUUACUGAAUUGGACGUCGUGGAAGACUUGAAUAACGUGAACAAUUUUUUCUCAUAUUUUUCUGAAAAUUUUUGUUUCAAGUUCGAACAUCAUAGUCCGAUUUUUAUGAUCAAGAACUCGAGGGAUAUGAUAAUAGAUUGUAGCAUUUGGUUCGCACAUAUUGCUA